AGGGCUUUGACGUUUCUCUUCACCAGCCGACAACAACAGCUGCUAACCUCCCUUGCAUGCAUUGAUCGUUUACUCAUUCAUUCACAUUGCGUCGCAAUGCAGGAAAGGUAGCAUCAGUGAGUAAAUUUCUCGUCGGGAUUCUAUUGCACCUUUCCCAAUACGGAGUACACAUUACAACCAAAUGGCAGUGUACCACGACGAAGUCGAAAUUGAAGAUUUCGAGUACGACGAAGAGGAAGAGAUGUACUACUACCCGUGUCCUUGUGGGGAUCGGUUCCAGAUCAGCAAGGAGGAAUUAAUUGCCGGCGAGGAAGUGGCUACCUGUCCCAGUUGUUCGCUUAUCGUUAAGGUCAUUUACGAUCCGGAGGCCUUCCAAGCCGAACAGGACGAGGUGGAAACGGUUGCGACCGAACGCGAUAAGGAAACGGCGGUACGUGAUUAAUUCUAGGAUAAAGUCUUGAGGGAGAUUACGGUGGAGUACUCUUUUUACGGAUCGAAAAAAGGGCUUGAUAUUUCUUAUGGAAUAGAUCAUUUGAAGAAUUUGUACUAGUAGUGUCGUUUUUUAUCGUAGGUUUGUAAAUACAAGAAUCUGAAACAGAGCAAAUCGUAAAAUCUGUUUUAAGAAAGCAAGGCGAUUUCGGAAUAAUAUAUGUUCACAUGAGGAAUUUUUCUGUUGUAUAUUGUACGAUGAAUACUAUAAACAGUAUAAUGUGCGUAAAAGUAUGCUAAACAAAAUAGCUCGCAUUCAAGAAAGGUACUAAACAAGUCGUAAAAUAAAAAUCAAGUGCCACAACUAAAACUUAAAAAAA